AGUACGCAGUGUGGCGCGAUCUGCGUGUGUUCCAGGGUGUUCCAGAACGUUCUGGACACUGCCUUCGGAAGGGCGACUCCAGUGCCGAGCUCGCCUCGGCCGUUGGGAGGGCGUUGUUGGGGCUCUGCACGCCGCGACCCACAGAGGCGGACUGCUCGCCCACCGGCAGCAAUGCAAUGGAUCCCUCAAACCAAAAAUGCAGUGGGAGGAAAAAGACGGUGUCCUUCAGCAGCAUGCCCUCGGAGAAGAAGAUCAGCAGUGCCCAUGACUGCAUCAGCUUCAUGCAGGCCGGCUGCGAGCUGAAGAAGGUGCGGCCCAACUCGCGCAUCUACAACCGCUUCUUCACCCUGGACACCGACCUCCAGGCACUUCGCUGGGAGCCCUCCAAGAAAGACCAGGAGAAGGCCAAGCUGGACAUUGCAGCCAUCAAGGAGAUCCGGCUAGGGAAGAACACAGAAACAUUCAGGAACAAUGGGCUCGCAGACCAGAUCUGUGAGGACUGUGCCUUUUCCAUACUCCACGGGGAAAACUACGAGUCUCUGGACCUGGUGGCCAACUCUGCAGACGUGGCUAACAUCUGGGUGUCCGGGUUGCGGUACUUGGUGUCUCGUAGUAAGCAACCCCUGGAUUUUAUGGAGGGCAACCAGAACACCCCACGGUUCAUGUGGUUGAAAACAAUGUUUGAAGCCGCAGAUGUUGAUGGGAAUGGGAUUAUGUUGGAAGACACUGCUGUUGAGUUAAUAAAACAACUCAACCCUACCCUGAAGGAAUCCAAGAUCAGGUUAAAGUUUAAAGAAAUCCAGAAGAGCAAAGAAAAAUUAACCACCCGAGUGACCGAAGAGGAAUUUUGUGAAGCUUAUAGUGAACUUUGCACUCGGCCAGAAGUGUACUUCUUACUCGUGCAGAUUUCGAAAAACAAAGAAUAUUUGGAUGCCAAUGACCUCAUGCUGUUCUUAGAAGCGGAGCAAGGGGUCACCCACAUCACUGAGGGUAUGUGCUUGGACAUCAUUAGGAGGUUUGAGCUUUCAGAGGAAGGGCGUCAGAAGGGGUUUCUCACCAUCGAUGGCUUUACUCAGUACUUAUUGUCACCAGAAUGUGAUAUUUUUGAUCCUGAGCAAAAGAAGGUUGCCCAAGAUAUGAGCCAGCCCUUAUCUCACUACUACAUCAAUGCCUCCCAUAACACCUACCUAAUAGAAGACCAGUUCCGGGGCCCGGCCGAUGUCAACGGCUAUGUCAGAGCUUUGAAGAUGGGCUGUCGGAGCAUUGAACUGGAUGUGAGCGAUGGUCCAGAUAGUGAGCCGAUCCUUUGCAAUCGAAAUAACAUGACCACACAGCUGUCCUUCCAGAGUGUCCUGGAGGUGGUAAAUAAGUUUGCCUUCAUUGCUUCUGAGUACCCACUCAUCCUCUGCCUGGGAAAUCACUGCUCCCUGCCCCAGCAGAAGGUCAUGGCCCAACAGAUGGAGAAAGUCUUUGGUGAUCAGCUCUACACAGAAGCCCCCUUGCUGUCUGACUCCUACCUCCCGUCACCAGAGAAGCUGAAAAGGAUGAUCAUCGUGAAAGGAAAGAAGCUGCCUUCUGAUUCUGACGCGCUGGAGGGAGAAGUCACAGAUGAAGAUGAAGAAGCUGAAAUGUCUCGCAGGAUGUCCGUGGAAGACAGCGGUGAGCAGAAACAGAUUUGGCUCUGUCGAGAGCUGUCUGAUUUGGUAUCCAUCUGUAAAUCUGUCCAGCACAGGGAUUUUGAACUGUCUAUGAAAAACCAGAGCUAUUGGGAAGUUUGUUCAUUUAGUGAAACAGGGGCCAGCCGGAUUGCAAAUGAAUACCCGGAGGAUUUUGUGAAUUACAAUAAGAAGUUUUUAUCAAGGAUCUACCCAAGUGCCAUGCGGAUCGAUUCCAGUAACCUGAACCCGCAGGACUUCUGGAAUUGUGGCUGUCAGAUUGUGGCCAUGAAUUUUCAGACACCGGGCCCAAUGAUGGACCUGCAUACGGGCUGGUUCCUUCAGAACGGGGGCUGUGGCUAUGUUCUGCGGCCAUCUGUCAUGCGCGAUGAAGUUUCUUACUUCAGCGCCAACACAAAGGGCAUUGUGCCUGGAGUGUCUCCUCUGGCCCUGCACGUCAAGAUCAUCAGUGGCCAGAAUUUCCCAAAGCCCAAGGGAGCAUGUGCCAAAGGGGAUGUCAUCGAUCCCUACGUCUGUGUGGAGAUACAUGGGAUCCCAGCGGACUGUGCCGAGCAGAGAACUAAGACUGUACAGCAAAACAGUGAUAACCCUAUUUUUGAUGAAACUUUCGAGUUCCAAGUAAACCUUCCUGAGCUGGCCAUGAUCCGCUUUGUGGUUCUGGACGACGACUACAUUGGGGAUGAGUUUAUAGGGCAGUACACCAUCCCGUUUGAAUGCCUGCAGCCCGGAUACCGGCACGUCCCCCUGCGCUCCUUCGUGGGUGACAUCAUGGAGCACGUGACCCUGUUUGUCCACAUAGCAAUAACUAAUCGGAGCGGUGGAGGGAAGGGGCAGAAGCGCAGCCUCUCAGUGAGAAUGGGGAAGAAAGUCCGGGAGUACACCAUGCUCAGGAACAUCGGUCUCAAAACCAUCGAUGAUGUCUUCAAGAUAGCCGUUCAUCCCUUGCGAGAAGCCAUAGAGAUGAGAGACAAUAUGCAGAGCGCCAUCGUGUCUGUGAAGGAGCUGUGUGGGCUGCCGCCCAUCGCCAGCCUGAAGCAGUGCCUGCUCACGCUGUCCUCGCGGCUUGUUGCCGCUGACAGCAGCCCCUCCGUUGUGCUGGCGAUGAGAGACACCUUCCCAUACCUGGAGCCCCUGGGCGCCGUUCCCGACGUGCAGAAGAGGAUGCUGGCCGCUUAUGACCUGAUGAUUCAAGAGAGCCGGUUUCUCAUAGAAAUGGCAGAUGCAGUUCAAGAAAAGAUCGUCCAGUGUCAGAAAGCAGGGAUGGGGUUCCACGAAGAGCUUCAUAACCUGGCAGCAAAGGAAGGCUUGAAAGGAAGGAAACUCAACAAGGCGGCCGAGAGCUUUGCUUGGAAUAUCACGGUGUUGAAGGGACAAGGAGACCUGCUGAAGAGCGCCAAGCACGAGGCCCUGGAGAACAUGAAGCAGGUCCAGCUGGCUUGCUUGUCCUGCGGGCUGAACAGGGCACCCGGCGGCGGGGCCGAGGCCAAGGGCAAGCGAAGCCUGGAGGCCAUCGCGGAGAAGGAAGGCGGUGAGGACAGCGGGCGGCCCUGACCCCGGCCUCUGCACGCCACGCCACUCUGCGCUUUCUUCCUUCCUUGGCGUUUUUAGGAGUUCGCAAAAAGACGUCCUCUGUGGGGUGUUGAACAGAAACAUAUUUUCACAAUGUCAGUAUUUCAGUGUAAUUAAUUUAUCUAAGUUAAAACCUUUAGAAGCAGUGUUUUAAAUCCUGAGAUUGUGUGUGUGUGUGUGUGUGUGUGUGUGUGUGUGAGACAGAGAGAGAAAGACUGAAAUCCAUUCCAUUCUGUGUUGCAUUAUUCAUAUUAAUCAUUUAGUAAGUUAUUCCUGUCUUUAUCAUCAUUUUGGGACAAGUCUGUUAAUCUGAAGUCCUAAUGAGCACUUCCUAUAACCUGCAGCUGUGUUGAAUUUUAUGUCUCUGCCUUUGUCAUUACUUUAGAGAUCUUAGCAUAGCUUAUUAUUGAAGAAAGCCAAAUUUGCCAAAGCAUUGGUGUUUUGAUAGAUUAAAUAUAGAUUAAAAAUUCUUAAGAAUCACAGUAGAAAUUAAAAAAUGAAAGUUUAAACAAAUGUUUAGAAGUUCUGGAAAGAUUAACAGCAGUCAUUUCUUCAGUUAGCAAACUCUUUAAAAUGUUAAAUAAAAUAAAUAUUUAGGAAGUUUCCUCUAGUCAUUUACUAAACAUGCAACUUCAUCAAUCAUAAGUGAAUUGCUACCCACUCACGGAGUACUCAGAAACACACUAAAAGAGCUCCUGGAGCAGGGUUUUGACCUGACAAUUACUCUCGGUUACGGACCUUCAGGACCUGUCAGAAGGUUGCUUUUCUCUGAACUGGGCGUCUAGCAUUCAUUUUCUACUACAGACACCGGCACCGGGGGGCGUUGGCUCUGAUGGGAUUCAGUGCGGGGACUAAAUUUAAAUUUAAGCACGGCUCAGACAGUUCCAGAUCAUCAUGAUGAGCUGACACACAUUCUGUAGGUCAGUUAAUGUAUUCUUGAUGAUUUCAGAACUGAAUACAAAACAUCUAGGAUUUUAACACAUACAGAAAAAGAUGUGCAAAAAGAAGCAAAUGACUAAUUAGGGUACCUGUGUAGAUCAUUUUUACCCUAAUGUCUUCAUAAAGUACUUGAGUAUAAUAUUCAUUACCUCCAACAGAACUAAAUGUUCUAUGGUUGUGAAAGAAUGUAUUUAUUUAAAACAUUGCUUUUAUUUUGAAAAGCUUCUAAAUUAAUUUGAUUAACAAUUACGCUAAUUGGGGGGAAUCUAGAGAAGAUAAUUGUUGAAAUUUUGCAAAUAUAAACAUCUUCUUUAGCUACUGUGUUGUUUCUGACUUCUUAAGCCUGUUAUGUUCAUGUUGCACAUUACUGAGAGAGUAAAGAUAAUGAAAAGCC